ACUCUCACCCACAUACUCAUCAUCAUCAUCGUAAUCACUAAAUCUCAUCUCUUGCAAGUCCUCAAAAAGAUUGACCUUUUUAGGCAACCUUCAAUCUAAUCGAUAAACCGAUAUAUUCAAGAGUUUAAAGAUAUAUUUAUGUUGCUCAGUUUGAUAUUAAACACUCCCAUUGAGGAUAAAUAAUAAUAAAACAAUGCUCUUUUGAGGUGAAUUUGGUUGUCAAGGCCAACAAACAGUCAACUCCAACAACUGAUGCUUAACACUCCCAGUUUAACUCCAUAGAUAUUUGCUUCACUCGGCAAAAACCAGAUUAUGCCUUUUCCUUUAGUUUAAAUGUUAACAACCAGUUUUAUUGGAAACCUUUCCUUUUAUUUUCAUCAUCAUUAUCAUUUAAAUCAUCAGCAUCAUUACCAACAUCAUCACCAAAAAAGUACCUAAAACCAAAUUCAUCUUCAUCUCUGUUGUGUCUUUUCAAACCUGUAAUGUGAACCCUACAAUGCAUCUUUAAGUGUAACCUUUACAUUUGUGUAAAUAAUUAGUCGUAUAAAUAUAUAUAUUUAUAAAUAUCUUAAUCAAAUUAAUCCAUCUAUAAUCAAUAUUUAACCUUAAAUCAUCAAAAUAACACCAAUUUAAUCAAAUGGAGAAACAAAUUUGAAUCAUUUAAGCCAUUAAAUGUAAAAACAACAACAAAUUGAUUUUUCUUCAUAGCCUGUAUUGAAGCUCAUCUUUAGUAUUAAACAUCUUCAAAACAGAAACAAUCUUUUUUUUGCUGCCUUUCAAUCAAUCAAUUGUUGCUGAUUUGAUUAUAAUGAUCAUCAAAGAAUACCGAGUAACACUUCCAUUGACUGUUGAAGAGUAUCAAAUUGGACAAUUAUAUUCAGUUGCUGAAGCAAGUAAAAAUGAAACUGGCGGAGGCGAAGGAGUUGAAGUGAUUAAAAAUGAACCAUUUCAAGAUUAUCCUUUGCUUGGAGGUAAAUUCACCAAAGGACAAUAUACUUAUAAAAUAUACCAUCUAGCAAGUAAAGUACCUCCUUUUGUCCGCUAUUUGGCACCCAAAGGAUCUCUCGAGAUUCAUGAAGAAGCUUGGAAUGCUUAUCCUUAUUGUAAAACUGUUAUAACGAAUCCAGAUUACAUGAAGAAUAAUUUUUUCAUCUGUAUUGAAACCAUGCACUGUCCUGAUAAUGGUUCACGUAAAAAUGUCCACGAACUUUCCAAUGAUAAAUUAAAGCAAAGAGAGGUUGUCUUUAUUGAUAUUGCCAAUGAUCCAGUUGCUCCUAAAGAUUAUAAAUUAAGUGAAGAUCCAAGUAAAUUUAAAUCACAAAAAACUGGUCGAGGGCCUUUGACAGGAAAAUGGAAACAAACUGUUGAUCCAGUUAUGACUUGUUAUAAAUUGGUUACCACUGAAUUCAAAUGGUUUGGUCUUCAAAACAAGGUUGAACAUUUUAUCCAAAAGACUGAGAAACGAAUUUUCCUCAAUUUCCAUCGACAAGUUUUCUGCUGGAUUGAUCGUUGGCAUGGAAUGACACUUCAAGAUAUUCGAGAUCUUGAAGAGAAAACCAAGAAAGAGUUAGAUGAGCUUCGGAAUAAAGGUCUAGUUCGAGGAUCGCAAAUAAGUGAAAAUGAAUAGAGUAAUUGUUCCAUUUUUUCGAGUUUACUAUCUCUAGUUGACCGCACAAAUUUACGUUAGACCAGAAAAAAUUAACUUCAAGAACAACAUACUUACCUCUCGACAAUUGAUCAAGUAACUUACCCACAAGAUUGAUUAAUUUAAAUAUGAAGAGACUAACAAUUGGCAAAAUUGGACUAAAGGUUGAACGGUUGUUGGAGCAUCUUUCAAGGAGGAAAAAAUCACUACACUGCCGCAUUUGUCUUCAUUCCGAGAGAAGAUGAAUUGAUCCAUUAAGAAUCUAUUAAGUGAUAAAUUUUUUAUUUUUUGGUGAUCAUGAUUUCAAUAUUUAGAACUCUUUGUUUUCGCUUGCAGUGUUGACGUUUUUUCUUCUGUUUCAACUCCACCAACUGCUGGUCAAGUUACACUGUUGCAGGUUUCAUUAUAAUCAAACAGCAAGAGCAAGCUUAGUCUAAAAAUAGGUGAAAAGGACAAAUGAUAAUGAUGAUAAUAAUUAAAAGGUUAAAUGUUAGCACAAAAAUGAAUGCGCACAACCAUUGAAACAAACAAUGAAUGGAAACAAUUGAUUUAGUAAUCUAAAUUAAGCUAUUUAGUCUUUAUUUUUGUUAAACGUUAAAUUAGUUUACAUAUUUUAUUUUUUUGUUGCCAUUAAAUUAACAAUUUAUUUUCAUUUCUUCUCGAUUCUAGCUUUUGUUUUGAUUCCCAUUCCUACCCAAACAACCUCUACUUUGAUUCCCAUCUUCAUUGUCAUGAGUGUGACAAUUGUAAAUAUUGACAUCUUUAUAACAGACAAAAGUAUUAUUAAUGAAGAGGAAAAUGAUUGAUUAUAAAUUAGAUAAUUAAUCAAACUCUCAAUCCGGAUCGUGCAAUGAACGAGUGUUUUAAAAGCUAUCCUUUUAUAAGACGAAAUGAUGGCAUUAAAUGAGAAACAGUUGAUUCAAUUUUCAAGUAGAUUAGUCGAGUAAUUAGACACAUUGUGUGUCUCUCUGUGUGUGAUAAUUAAUAUUUUUGAUAGCAUUCUAAUCAUAACCAUUCUAAUCAUAGUCACAAUCAAUUUGAGCAUUUUUUUGUCUCUUCAAUUGCAAUCAAUUUGAGUAGACAAACUAAUCAAGGGAUGAAUCUUUCUAGUCAAAUGAAACUCUAUUUUCAUCAUCUAUGGUUAAUCAUGCUUGCUGCAUUUUAAUUGUCACUUUAAUCAACAAUGCUUAAUCCUUUGCGAAUGCAUUGGAUUAGGUUAGCUUUCUGUAAAUACAAUGCUUAUGGCGAUCAAUUCCUUGGUCUUAUUUAUAAUCUUAAUGUUGAUUAAUUAACUCAACCCGUGGAUUCUUGUUUGAUUAACGCAAACGAAAACAUAACCCAAAAAUAACAGCAUCUGAAACCCAAUGACAAGAUGCUGUUGUUGCCAUUAAAAUUGAUAACUCUGGUCACUUUGUUAGCCUCUAAGAUCAAUUGUAAUUGUAUCUGAUUAACAUGCAUCAGAUUCAGUUAUAGUUAUAAUCUUGAUCAGAAUACUUAUCAAUAGUAAAUUGUAAAGUUAAUUUAACCUCUAAAGCCCUAAAUCCUCUUAUCAAUUGAACUACAAUUAUUUCUUGUGCACAUUUAUCCUAACAAUAUUAACAAUUUAACUUCGAUGAGUUGAUUUUUAUAAUCAACUAUCAACAGCUUCAAAUGAUCUCUCAAUUGUCAUUUAGUGGUAAACAUUAGAAUGACAAAUUAUUCAAUUUAUCUGCAACAAUUAUUAUCAUUAUUAUUAACCACUGAUUAACAAAUUAUUCCGUCCUUUUAGCCCACACUAAUCAACUCACAAUUCACCAUUUACCUUGCUUAUUUUGUAUAAAUAACCAUUUAGCUGAUUUAGAAAUGAAUUAAGACUGAAACUGAGCUUCCAAAUACUAUCAAGUUUGAAGUGAGACAAAUCAUUUUAAUAAUUAACUUAAUAUUGAGUGAAAUUUAAAUCACAAUUCAACUCCAGCUUCAAAACCAUUCCAAAGCUAUUGACUGAUUAACCUCUAACACACAAAUUUCAAUUUAGUUAAUUUUAGCUGUUUGCGUUUUUUGCCUGCCUUUUCAUUUGGGUAAACAAAUUAAACUAUGGAUUGUAACAAUUAAACAAAUAAUCUUGUCUUUCGGUUUGAUUUUCCUCUUUUAAUUUAAACUAUCUUAUGACAUUUAUUUGCGUGUAAUUGUAAAAUAAAUAAAGUGCCACAUUGUAAAUAUUAUAACACUACAA